AUGCUGACUGCUAUACCAGAUGAAUUGAAUACCCUUAAUGUCAAGCUGUUUCCCCUAUACCCUUCGCCGCCUAUCGUCAAAGCAUGGCAUGUUCCCCUUUUCACUGUUCGGUGUGAGACCUUCAUGGAUGAGAACUGGGACCUGACUAUGAGAAGGAUAGUUCCGUAUAUCAAUGGUAUCAAUAGCGUUCGGAAAAUAUCCAUUCUAUCUGAUGCUGAUUUCACCCUUACCUGCCGCGCAAUACGCCAUCUGAUAUACUACGGAUGUGCAUUCCUUCUGGAUAUAUUCUCAUUCUCCGCCAUCUAUGCUCCAACUGCGGAGUUUAGUUCUACUAUCGUCACAGACAAAAAGAUGCAGUGUGAAUGUGCACGGUACGUUAACAUACGGUUUUCACCCAUUAGUGAAUCUUCGCCUGUGAUUAGACCUACUUCUACCCUGGGCAUAUCUUCAUCUGCAUCUAAUCUUCAAAGGGCUUCGCUAUCACACUCCAGCCAUAAGGUAUCUGUACCCAAUGACGAUCCUUGGGUGGAACAUGACAGCAUCUGGCCAAAGAUCGAUACUUCCAUCCCGUCUACUUCCGGCGAGGGCUCAAGUAAAUUUAACUCGAGAACAAUCGUCGAUGGAGUCGGUCUCAUAGAGCUAUACUCGAGCUUAAAACAAGGCCAGACCGUGAAACAAUGGUACCUAAAGCAUAUGCGCGAGCUUGCAAAUAUUGACGUCCGCCGUUUUAUCACCUUUGGUGUCAUCAAGGGCUUUUUGUACCGAGUGCAUAAAUAUCCCUUUGCUACUGGAAGGGUUAUACAAAACACCCACCAAAGAAGGCAGUCAAACCACUUCCCUUCAACUUUUCCUAUUGCGGGUUAUUCCCUUGGUGCAGCAACUGACCGGAGCGCCCACCCGUUCACCCGUGACCGCCUAGGCUCUACAGCUGGUGGUAUUGACCCCCUGUCAACGAGCAAGCCACUAUCGAAAAAUACAUCUACCCUCUCCCCUCGAAGCCGAGCACGUAACCGUCGCUCGCUUCAUCGCUACGAUGACGAGGGUAACGAUGGUGAUGAUGACGGGUUUGGGGAUGAUGAUUCGGAGGGGGAGGAGGACGGCGAGGCAGGGGACUAUGGUAUAGACAACAAGACUCUUGCCAAAUAUCUCGACGGAACUCAUUGCUUUGAUGAAAUAUGCACGGAACUUGAGGUCACUGAUAAGGAGCUUACAGCUAGACUAAAGCGAUACCCACGGGAGGUUGUGAUCAUCCACUCGUAA